AGGUCACCGACAGUGUAAGAAAAAUACUGACCCAAAUUGAAGCAGGUGUGCGACGAAGAUUUGAUGUUCACCGUGUUUAGGAGUGCCAUCUGACCUAGAAAAACAAACAAAGAAACUCAUUCAAAUAUUUUUGACUGCAGAAAUUACACAUUUGUGCGACCCAGCCCAGCCCCCAGGGCCGAUCAGUCAUUCUGCUUUCAGAUAACGCAUCCCCCCGAUUACGCAGCGGGAUUUACAUGAAACUGUUAAUUGUUUGCUCUUCAAAUAGUCAGCCUGGAGCCAGCAGUCUGCCAGAAGUUAAGGACCGACUCUUUGACCUCCUCCCCCUCUACGUGCAGAGCGAUAUUCCUCCUCUGACUGAUCAGCAUGACAAAGCAUUGGCCGGGGCAGAGUCUCUUGGCACCGAUCGCUUCAUCCCACCUAGGAGAACUUCUCGACCAUCAACUUGACUUCCACAGAAAUGAGCAGCAGAGUUUUUCUCCUAGCGGCGUAGCGCCGUGGAGCUCACCGGCCCAAUACUGGCCUUACCUCACGGAUCCGAUGCCUCCCCAGCAGCUGCCGCGCUCGGAGGAACCAACGGAGCGCCCCGAACACCUCACCGGCGCCACAGGAUUCAUGGAUAAAGAGGAAGCGCCUGGAUCUUUAAACCCGAAUGAUCAAGAUGGACAGUUUAAGCAGGAUGAAACGCAGGACAUGUGGAAAAGUGAACGGGAGAAAAGAAAUGCCGGCAAUGGGAAGAAAAAGAACUACCAGAGGUAUCCAAAACCUCCGUAUUCCUAUCUUGCAAUGAUCGCUAUGGUCAUCCAGAGGUCUCCAGAGAAGAAGCUGACGUUAGCGGAGAUCCUCAAGGAGAUCAGUACCCUCUUUCCAUUUUUCAAAGGAAACUACAAAGGCUGGCGAGAUUCUGUGCGACACAACCUUUCCUCAUAUGACUGCUUUGUUAAGGUAUUGAAAGACCCAGGUAAGCCACAGGGCAAAGGCAAUUUCUGGGCAGUGGAGCUGAGCCGCAUUCCUGUGGAGCUUCUCAAGAGGCAGAACACGGCCGUGUCCCGCCAGGAUGAAACCAUCUUUGCUCAGGAUCUGGCUCCUUACAUCAUGCAGGGACACAAGCCUGAGUCUGAGGCGCCCCCUGAACCUGUGACCUCGCUCCCUCCCACAUCUUCUGGAAACUCUUUCCCACCGCAGGAUGACUUGUACAGACCUAAGCUGGAUUCGUCCUUCGCGAUCGACUCCCUGCUACACAGCCUGAGGCCAAUCAGUGCCUCUGGGGAUUUCGAUAUGGCUUCAGGGGACUGCUGGGGUGAGGUGACUCGGGCUCGGCCUUCACCGGCUCCGGAACAUCGUUAUACCUCCUCUGCUCGGAGUGCCUCUGCCAGCUCUGCAAGCCCAGCCUCCACGUCCUCCUCUUCCUCGUCUUCAUCUGAUGAAGAGUGGAAAGGAGUAACUGGGAAGCGUGUUCCUCCUGAUGUGGAAGCAGGGGGAGAUAUUUGCAGGCCACCACUGCAGAAAUCAGCCAGACGGGAAACUGUACCACCUCCAUGGGAGCUCCCCACCUCCUACGCUAAAUAUGCACCCCCUAAUGUCGUUGCCCCACCUAGCAUGCGUUUCAACGGGGGUCCUCUCAUGCCCCUGCACAGCGGGCUACCCAUCUACGGCUAUGGUAGCUCUCCCAUGACACCAAGUCACUUCUUGGGCCAUACAUACUGGCCCAUCCUCCCCACUAGACAAGUUUCAGUGAGAGCCCCUCCUUUACUCAUGGACCUGGACAACAUGUUGCAAUCUGUGCCUCCAAAUAAGAGCGUGUUUGAUGUGCUGGUACCAGCCAGUCAAAACUCUCACCCACACUAUCAGCAGCCCGGUCAGUACUCUUUGCAGAACGGGGCUCCUCUCAACCGGUACCAUCAAUACUGAGUAUUACUGUCACUCAAACAGGAUACAAAACCACAAUGACAAACAACUGGAUGCACACCAAGAUCCAUAAAGGAACUAUAUUUUGUUUGCCACUUCCACAAACUCAAGAAAUACUACAAUAAAUGUAAAAAACAAAACUCGCUGAGCUGUAGACAAUGUUAUCAAUUGACUCAGAGUUUUAUCAGGAGGAGAUGAAAGUGUUUUUAUGUUGCAAUU